GUGCCCUUCCCCUCACUAUACACCCAGCAUGAGGUCUGAAUCUUGUUUUUGAUCGCCCCCUCCCCAAACUACCCUCAAACGUCUCCCUCCUCUGAAAAAAGGACCCAUGGAGGAGGGUGAUGAGGAGACCAGACCAAGAGCAGCCAAAUUAAAGCUGGAAGGACGAGGAGACCACAGCCAUGAUUAAGGAAUAUGCAGACAACACAGGGUAUGACAGGGUUCUAAGUAACAACCAGAGGAGACAAGCUGAACUUCCUGAUGGUAUGGAAUAUUUAUAGAAGCUGUAGUAAAGGUUCUGCAUCUUUAAGGCAUUGACUUCUGGAAUAAAGAUGCGGGUUAGUGCAUGGCUCCUCUGUGCAUCCUGGCUCUGCACCUGUGCAGCGUACUCACCAAAGUGCAGAAGCCAGGACAACUGUCCAUCAGAGUCAGGCCAGGACAGAAGGUCAAAGACCCGGGUCAAGGAGCAUGUCCGUCACAACUUCAGACAACAACACCAGAAACAGAGGCCACCUCGAAGAAAAGGUUUUAGGGUUCUUGCCGAGGAGAUACCGCCCCGAAUCGUACACCACCCUUCUGAUGUGGUAGUCAAAGUUGGGAACCCUGCCUCUCUCUCCUGCCGAGCAGACGGCAGCCCCAAGCCAACCAUUGAGUGGCUGCACAAUGGCCAGCCACUGGCAUCGCUGAAUGGAGAUGGUCAUUGGCAGGCCAUGGUUUUUCCAGAUGGUAGUCUCUUCUUUGUAAGUGUAGAAGGAGGCAAGCCUGGUCAGUCACACGAGGGUAUCUACACCUGUGUGGCCAGCAACAGUGCAGGGAAGGCCACCAGCCGUAACGCAUCACUGCACAUUGCAGGGUUGAAGGAGGACUUUAUUGUGGAGCCCACGGAUGUGGAGGUGGCAGAGGGGGAGGUAGCCAUUUUAAACUGUGAGCCCCCGCAUGGACACCCUGAACCAAACGUCAUGUGGAAAAAGGACGGUUUGCAGAUUAAUAGCAGUGACCAUCACUACACUGAGUUGAGUGGAAAGCUGAUCAUUGCUCCCACAGAGAAGAGCCACUCAGGCGCCUACGUGUGUGUGGCCAGUAACAUUGAAGCAAUGAGAGAGAGCAGAGCAGCUCGACUCUCUGUGCUGGCCAAGCCUGUUUUUAUGCUGAAGCCUGAGAACGUGUUAGUGAGGAUGGGGGAGUCAGCCCAGUUCUACUGCCAAGCUAAAGGUGACCCUCCGCCGUCUGUGAACUGGAGCAGAGAGCAAGGGUCACUGCCCAAUGGCAGGUACCUCGUAAACCCAGACCAGACUCUUCAGAUCCACUAUGUCACGACGGAAGACGCUGGAAAAUACAUCUGCACUGCUGCCAAUGACAUCGGCGAGGUCACCGUCAGUGCACAGCUGCUUGUUGAAGAGGUGGCCAACACUAAACAAAAAGACCUUCACAAAGAGCUGUCUGCCCUGCGGGUGGCUCUGGAUAAUGUCACCAUCAUGACCCCUGGGUCCAGCAUGUCCCUGGUACAAUGGAAGCUCCAGUAUCUUACUGUCCAGCCACAUUACCUCGAUGGCUUUGAGGUUCUCUAUCGCUCCCUCCUGCCUGCUAGUUCAGAGUGGGCAGCCAAGAAAGUGACCCUGCCCAGCUUCCAAACUCAGGUGGGGCCUUUAAAGAGAGGUUAUAAGUACGAGUUCAAAGUCCGUCCCUAUGGAGGCAACUUGUAUGGAAGGGAGAGCAACACCCGUCACCUCAGAGUGCCAGAGACAAUUCCCAGUGCCCCCCCACUGGCUGUGUCCAUAACAGUGAGGCAUGAACAGAAUAACACCAUUCAUCUCAGCUGGGAGCCUCCUCCAUAUGAAACUCAUAAUGGUAUCAUCCAUGGUUAUCAGGUUUGGUGUUUAGAGUCCGACAAGCAGCAGUAUCAGAACUGGACAGUGGACAGUGGACAACACAGCCUUGAUAUUACGGCUCUGAAACCAGGGAAACAUUACUGGCUCACUAUAGCUGCUGUCAACGGUGCUGGAGUUGGACUGCAGAGUGACCCUCAUGGAUUUAUCAUCAACUCACAGAGAGGGCCUAGUAUCGAGUCAGAAAACCAAAGACGACCUUUACCCCAGGUCUUGGCUCUACUUCAGGAUCCUGUGUUGAUUGGCGUUAUUGGCGCCCUCCUGUGGUGUAUACUCAUGGUUGCAGCCAUCUACCUCUUCAGACGCCACAGCAGAACAGGCCACUUAAUACCAAGACAUAGCAAAGGGAAAGGUUUGCAUAGACUGGCUAAUGAAGAUCUCGUUAUUAAACACAGGAUGGCAGCUCCAGACUCUCCAUGGAUCUCUGGAACCUGGAGACCUGCCUUUGGUCAGAAAUACCAGGAUUUAUGGGCACAAGGUCAGAAGCACCCUGGCAUGAGGAGCACCAGCCUGCCCAUCUCAUCCAAGAAAGACCCAGCCUGUGCGGACCACAUCGUACCUAUUGUGACCGAUAGCUGCGGAGUCUAUGGUACUUUUUACGUGGACCUGACGACUAAUGGUCUCAAGACAUUUAACAGUCCUGGGUGCCGCCCUAAAGUGUCUCACAGUCACUUGCCAUAUCAGCAAGGAGUCGAGACCAUCAAGAUAUUCUCCCAACCUGUUGGUAAGAGCUCCCCCCUUGGAAGCCAAGAGAUGCUGCCGUGGAAACAGGGCAUACGUCCACAGCCCAAGAUGGGUGUGCUGAGAGAGUCGAAGGAAAAAAUCUACAGCAAGCAGGAGUUGCAUGCAGUCAAUAGUGUCCCCAUAGUACAAACCAGAAACCAGGUCUGUCCACCCGGUAUCUACAAACAGAGACUCAGUCACAUCCCUCCAGGCCGAUAUGGUGGACAUCCUGAAUGUGCUGAAGUCACCGGUUGUCCUCGUCUGCUGCACUACUCUGCAUCACUUCACCUGGUGGACAUGCUGCCUCCACCAGGACAGAUGUCCACAGACCACAUCACAGAUGCACACAGCCUGUCCUCAGAUGAGGGAUCCAGUGGUUCCACAAAGAUCACACUGGACAUGGGCUCCCUCCAGUCUGUGUCUGCUGGAUCUGGCCAACAUGGGCAACCAGGUCAUUUUAACAGUAGUAACAAAUGCCCCUCCCACAGCCAUCAGUCUGCAGCACCGUAUUCCAUGUCAUUAGAAAAGGAGCAUGACGGCACACUGACGGCACAGGAAGCCACGCAGUAUCUGGAGCUCAGCCCCAAACCAGAGAGAUGCAGUGUUUUGCCAGAGCAGCGGCCCUUCCUGUCCAGUGCCUUCUCUCCACAUCUGGACUACAUGUACAGGCCAGCACGUGCCUCUCAGCUGGAGGAAGAUUUUGCUCUAGAUGAAACUCCGUCCACCAGUCUGCAGCGUGGCCGCCUGCAGAGCACACCGUCUUCCUGCUACAGCGAUUGGGACAGCUCACUGUGGAACACCUGGAGCUCAGUCUCUGACACCAACAUGGCCAGUGCCCGCACCAGCCUCAUCAGCUCAGUGGACAGCUGCUACACCAACGACAGCGCUAACUUCGCACGGUUGUUAGCUGUGGCAGCAGAAAGUAUGAGUGGAGCCUCUCUGUCAGACUUUUCUCCACCGGCGUCCCCACUCAGCAUCCUGUACCCACCGUUUCACACAGAGGGCGAGUCGUACGGGGAGCCAGAGCCUGUUUGGGACUGGAACAUGGCCUGGGUGGAGGAAAUGGCGGCCCAGUACAGAGCCCACUACUCUGACAGAAGUACCAAACCUUUCAACACUUAGGGACUGUGCUCACGGAUAAUGAGGGAGACAACACAAGUGAAUCUUCUGAACUUUGGAAACACCUCACAGCGGUGUCAGAGGUGCCAGAGAGCCCAACUGUUUAAUUUUAACUUUUUUUUCUUUUACUUUCAAGAAAGUUCUGAAAACAGUGCUGAGGUCUGAGUAACUCAGAUGUACAGUUAUAUACCAGAGAUAUAGAUGGACUGGAAAUAUAAUUGGAGCUAACUCUUUGAUGUCUGAAACCCCUCUGUCAGGAGCUGCCACGUCUGCUGUGAUGCGUCUCUUAUAUCUUUCUCAGUUUUACGUCAGGACGGUCCGUCUGCUGCUCUGCAUCCUUCCGAUGACUUUUGCUGAGUUGCGGCAGUUUUGUUUUUCUCAUUAGAGAAGGAAAUAAUGAGACAAUUCCCUCAGGAUGCCUUCACGCAGUAUUAUUUUGAAAAGGCCAGGAUGCGAGACAGUGAGAGGUCCAUUACGCAAAAUACGUACGGCGUCGCUGUAGUGCUGUCGUCUUUAUUGUGCACGUACACACAGCAGUAUGGUGAUUUUGUACAGACUGAUUCACUGGAGCAGUGUACAUAUGCAGCAGUUCAACAGAUUUUAUUUAAGCGCUCACAGGAACAGACCUGCUGUUUCACAUUCUGACAAGUUUCUGAAGUUUUACUGUGAAAUGACCUUUUCUUUUUACACUUCCUGUCCACCUUCUACUGUUAUGCCAACUUAGCAUAACCAUUAAAUAUAGUAGUUCAAGAUAUUUUACUGUUAAAACACACCGUAGAUUAUGAUGUGAAUUUUAGUGAAGAAUAUUUUAUUUUAUUUUAUUGAAGUUCUCAGUGUUUAGUUAAAAUUGUGCAUGCUUGCUGUUUUUCUACAUCUAAAUAUCUUUAUGAUCUACGUAUAUAAUUUUACUAACUUUAGCUUUGAAUUUUAUAAGGAUUUUUCUGCUGACAUUAAAGAUGUUUCUACACUCUUAAAUAAAAAAAACUUUUGGAAAUUAAAA